AUGUUCUUGCCUGUGUUUCUAGACGGGUCAGCACAGUGGAUACACGCGGGAAGCCCGUGCGAGAUGGCGGUCAGCACACAGACGGUCUAGGAUUUGUUAACAACCACAUAGUUUGUCGCAUUUCUUCUUUAUCGAGCUCCUGCUUCGGUCCCGAGCAAUGGAGGGCGGGAAACCGAGCUUGUCGCUGGUCUACCAAGCCGUCCAGGCCCUGCACAACGACCCGGAUCCGGCCGGGAAGGAACGAGCUUCGGUGUGGCUGGGAGAGCUGCAGAGAUCGAUGUAUGCGUGGGAGAUCUCCGAUCAGCUGCUGCAGCUCAAACAGGACGUGGAGUCGUGUUACUUUGCUGCUCAGACCAUGAAAAUGAAGAUCCAGACUUCAUUCUACGAGCUUCCCCCGGAUAGCCACAAUGCACUGCGAGACUCGCUGCUGUCUCACAUCCAGAACCUCAAAGACCUGUCGCCCAUCAUCGUAACCCAGCUGGCGUUAGCCAUUGCAGAUCUUGCUCUUCAGAUGGCCUCGUGGAAAGGAUGUGUGCACACUCUCAUAGAAAAGUACAACGGUGAUGUCAGCUCCAUGCCCUUCCUCAUCGAGAUCCUGACCGUGUUACCUGAGGAGGUCCAUAGUCGCUCGCUACGUAUCGGAGCCAAUCGGAGGACAGAGAUUAUCGAGGACUUGGCAUAUUACUCUUCCACCGUGGUCACGCUAUUGGCGUCUUGUGUGGAAAAGACGGGCAGCAAUGAGAAGAUGCUCAUUAAGGUCUUUCGCUGCCUAGGAAGCUGGUUCAACCUGGGGGUCCUGGAUAGUAACUUCAUGGCCAGUAACCAACUUCUCAUGGUCCUCUUCCAAGUGUUGCAAAGGGAUGACACCUCAACAAACCUUCACGAGGCAGCCUCGGACUGUGUGUGCUCCGCUCUCUAUGCCAUUGAAAAUGUGGACACCAACAUGACGUUGGCACUGCAGCUCUUCCAGGGCGUCUUGACGCUGGAGACAGCCUAUCACAUGGCUGUGGCUCGUGAGGACCUUGAUAAAGUUCUUAACUAUUGCAGAAUCUUCACUGAGCUAUGCGAGACCUUUUUAGAGACGACAGUCAGGAGUCCAGGUCAGGGCAUGGGCGAUUUGAGGACGCUGGAGCUGCUGUUGAUCUGUGCUGGACACCCCCAGUAUGAGGUUGUUGAAAUCUCUUUUAACUUCUGGUACCGUCUUGGAGAAAAUCUGUACAAGUUAAAUGAUGUGGCCCUUCACACCAUUUUUCGACCAUACAUUCAAAGACUACUGCACUGCUUGGCCCGACAUUGUCAGCUUGACCCAGACCACGAAGGAAUUCCAGAGGAAACAGAUGAUUUUGGGGAGUUCAGGAUGAGAGUUUCUGACUUGGUUAAAGAUGUAAUUUUUCUUGUUGGUUCUAUGGAGUGUUUCUCUCAGUUGUACUCGACCCUAAAAGAAGGGAAUCCUCCUUGGGUGGUGACCGAAGCUGUUCUUUUCAUAAUGGCUGCCAUCGCCAAAAGUGUUGAUCCAGAGAACAACACGACCCUCUUGGAGGUGUUGCAGCAGGUUGUGUUGCUCCCGGAAGCAGUUCACAUGGCCGUGCGGUACACAAGCAUAGAGCUGGUCGGAGAGAUGAGUGAGGUUGUGGACAGAAACCCCAGAUUCCUUGACCCAGUGUUGAACUACCUGAUGAAAGGUCUGAGAGAGAAACCUCUGGCCUCGGCUGCAGCAAAGGCGAUCCAGAACAUUUGCUCCGUAUGCAGAGACCACAUGUCACAACACUUCCAGGGACUGCUGGACAUUGCUCGCUCUCUAGACUCCUUUGCGCUCUCCACGGAGGCCGCCAUCGGACUGCUCAAAGGUACGGCGCUGGUCCUUGGUCGUCUUCCUCUGGAGAAGAUCGCAGAGUGCCUGGGUGACUUGUGCGCUGUUCAGGUUACAGCACUGAAAAAGCUUCUAUCUGUAGAAUCAACAAACGGUCGAUCAGCCGACCCAACUAUCUGGCUUGACAGACUGGCCGUCAUUUUCAGACACACAAACCCUAUUGUGGAGAACGGACAGACACACCCUUGUCAGAAAGUCAUUCAUGAGAUCUGGCCUGUGCUGUCCGAGACUCUGAACAGUCACCAAGCUGAUAACCGAAUCGUAGAGCGAUGCUGUCGCUGCCUGCGGUUUGCUGUACGGUGUGUUGGGAAAGGCUCCGCCUCCUUGCUGCAGCCACUGGUUACGCAGAUGGUGAGUGUAUACCAGGUCUAUCCACACUCAUGCUUCCUGUACCUGGGCAGCAUCCUGGUGGACGAGUACGGUAUGGAGGAGGGCUGUCGACAGGGCUUGCUCGAUAUGUUGCAGGCUUUGUGCAUGACCACCUUCCAGCUGUUGGAGCAGCCCAAUGGUCUUCGAAACCACCCUGACACUGUCGACGACCUUUUCAGACUAGCGACCAGGUUCGUUCAGCGGAGUCCUGUCACGCUGCUCGGCAGCAGUAUCAUCGUUCACAUCAUCCAGUGCGCCAUCGCCGCCACCUCACUGGACCACAGAGACGCUAACUGCAGUGUGAUGAAGUUUGUGCGAGAUCUCAUCCACACCGGCGUGGCCAACGAUCACAUGGAGGACUUUGAAUUGAGGAAGCAGCUGAUUCGUCAAGCCAUGGAGCAGCACGGCCAGCAGCUCGUCACUCAACUCAUGCACUCGUGUUGCUUCUGCCUGCCGCCAUACACGCUACCCGACAUUGCGGAGGUGUUGUGGGAGGUCAUGAUGUUUGACCGGCCGACGUUCUGCCGUUGGUUAGAAAGCGCUCUGAAAGGGUUACCCAAGGAGACGUCGGGAGGAACGGUCACAGUGACGCACAAACAGCUGACAGAUUUUCAUAAACAAGUCACGAGUGCUGAUGAAUGUAAACAAGUGUGUUGGGCCAUCAGAGAGUUCACCAGAUUAUUCCGGUAAAGUCUUCGGGGAAUCAGAGGCGACAGCAGAAGCUGGAACUACAAACGAGGCUCUGAUAGGAGGUGGGACUUUGAAUGGGACGCUGGAAGGUGGGCAGAUGCCAAGGACUUACCGUAUUUAACAAUACACCUGCAGCAGGUGGGAGGUGGGAGGGGCAGGCCAAGGAGGCUUCACAAAGUGAACAAAUUGGUGAGAAAGGAAUGUGCCUGGUCAACUGUUUUUAAGAGAAACUUUAUUUUUUGGACGUGAACGUUUUGGCGACGCUGUACAAAGAGCCAAAUGGUAUCCCAUGAUGCAUUUGGCGGGGCGGCUCCCUGUGGAGGACAUGAUGUCACCUUUGACCAUUUUAAUGUUUGGUUUAAUUUGAGUUGUUUUUGCUGCAAAGCGUGACAGAGUGAACCCUGGGUAACGAGCGAGUGACACAUGACACCAUCACGGAUAUUGCCUUGUUGUAGACAAUAAACAACUGAAACAACAAA